CGUUUUAACUAUCAUAACUAGUAAUGUUCAUAAUUAUUGGGUAAUGUAACUAUGUAAAAUUUGGUUGAAUCAUUGGCUGGGGAAAUUUUUAUGCAAUUUGAUUUUAUGUACUUCACUGAUACUGCCAAUACAGGAACUUCAGCACUUGCUUCAAUCUCUAUUACAAAUCGUGAAACAAGGGCAUAUUGUGCAUACAAAUCUAGAAUGUCAUGGCAAGGUUGACCCGAAAAUUUUAAUAUAUUCGAUGUUGUAGUUUUUAAAGGCUUAAUGAAAGCAACAGUUCCAACAUAGGAAGAUUCGGCAAGCAUCUGAACUUCUCCAUACAUUUCUGCUUCAUUCUCAAACUUAUAUGAACAAUAAGCAUUGCAAAAUUUUCUCUGCCCUUCAUAAUAAUCAAUUGUUUGCAGCAUAAAGUCAUUUAGAAAUAAUCUAUCAAAUAUUCUAACUUCCCGUUCUGCACUUCCACAAAGCUUCCUUAAUUCUUGAAAAUAUGACAACUCUAAGUUACAAGUUCUAACUCGACCAAUGGUGUAUCCCUGAGUAACCUUAGUCCAUAUAGUUGAACGACUUUUCUGAAUAUUAAGAAACUGCAAACAGUCUGUUGACUCCCUUAACUCUAUAUCAUAGUAAAGAUUUUGUAGAGUAAGCUUAAUAUCUAAACCAAAAUUAAGUUGAUCAGCAACCUUGCGUGUAGAAUGUACUGCUCUUUUUAGCGUGCCAUUGUGGUUUUCAAAAGAAAAUGAAGAAUGUGUCCAGCAUGGUCCCCAUAACCGAACAAAAUGAGUCAAAUGAGAUAAUGUGUGUGCAUUAAUGGUGCAGCUAUUUUCUCCAUAUAGCUCAGGUAAUAAUUUGUAGAAAUCGUUCAGCAUUUCUUCUGCAGCUCCACAUUAUGUAUAAGUUAUAUGCUUCUGCAACAAAAUAUGCCAAGCACAAACAAGUAGGGAAUAAUGGUGAAAGUAGAGGGGAGGCAACACAUCACGCAGUAAUGUAAGUGAAUAAAAAAGAAGCCAUGCUCAAAAUUCGCUGGCUUUCCAAUAGGAAAGGUCUUUUAUUAAAGAACGUGGCGACCGAGUGAACUCUGUAGGCGGAGUUUGUGCUUGCAAAGCAUUAUCAACUUCAUAUAGAUGUUGUCUUAUUGAAAAUGGCUCUCUUCUGUAUUUUGAGUUUGUCCAGAACAUUAAAAGUGAUUUAGUAACACCUUCUAGGACGCAGUGCAUGUAAUCUGGCGGCACAUCAUUUACUAAAUUUAAGUAUCCGUGCAACACAGAUUUGCCUUUUAUCCCAUCUACAAUUGCACCUGUCUCAUUGCUUUUAUUUUGUGCUGCUUCAAUACUCUGUAAAGUACGUAAAGGGUAUGUUGAACAAAGAAGAUACAAAUGGCGGUUAUUUCGAUGUACUCCUGGAUGUACACAAGUUGGACAACCAUAGGCACCAUUAAAUUGUACCAUAUUGAAAACUUUAGCUUUUGCUACAAAGUCAAAAACACCAAAUAAAAGCUUGAGACGAAUGCUUUUCUUCAAACCUUCAGAAUUAACAAAAUCUAAACCAAUGACAUGUAACCUUUCAAUAGCUUCUAAUGUGGGACUCAACAAAAUUUUCAUAUCUGGUUUGUUCCUUCCAACCCAAAGACCACAGAUUACUGUGUUUUCAGUACGGAAUCAAACAGAAGGAGGAAAAUUAACGAUUUCUAGAUAUACUGGCCACAUAGUCACGCGUGAUGAUUUAAAUAAUGCCACACCAUCUGUAUUGAGUGUAACACCAAUGUGCUCAGAACAAUUGAAAAACUCUUCCCAUGUUGCAAAGGUGAAGAUCCGGACAGCUUAACGUCUGAUGCUAGUGAACAACAUUGAAUGUCUUUUGAUUGACCUAAUGGGUAUAAUAAAUAUUAGUAAAUAUGAUACUGUAUAGUGGGUAUAUUCCAUUCGAGUUUAAUUUCGUUCUUUUUGUUCUCAUUCCUUGUGGAACGAACAUUUUCCAAACGAAAAGGGCGUUUCCUCAAUGCCACGUGUGUAAAAUGGCUGCUCAGAACGAAAAUAAAACGAAUGAAAAUUUCUAGAACCAUGCUAGAACGAACAUUUUUCCAGACGAAAUAUACCCGCUAAACGGUAUGGUAUUAUCUUUAGUACUGGGGUUACAGGAAUAUCAGUGUAAAUAGAACUGAUGUUGAAGUCAAUAAUGUUUAUAAUUGUAAUUAAUUAAAUCUUUUAUUUUAAUCACAUGGCAUGCAAGGGUAUUAAUUACAACAUGCAAUUGGCAUCAUAACAAUUAAUUUGACUAGUAGCUACAGUAUCUUUAAUUUGACCAGUAGCUAAUCAUAAUCAGUUACAAAUAUCCAUUCAGGUAUAUAUAGUCAUGACAACAGAAUAACAAUUAUGUUAGUUUCAUCAACUCCAACCAUGCAUGAAUGAAAAUUUCUAAUAAUUUCAACAAAAAUCACUUAAAAAAAUUUACCAUUAUUUUUCAUGAAUGUAUGCACUUACAAUUAAAAAUUGUCCUUAUUUGUUUCUCCACAUCCAUCUGAAUAAAAACAUCUGGUUCAGAGACAGUGUAUGAGCAUUGUGCAUUCGAGCAUGAGCGUCCAACGUACUUUUCCUAACAAUAAGGGCAAUACUUAGUCUUUUCUUUCAGAGAUUGAAAUCUUGAAAAAAAAUUUCGUAGAUGGUAGACACAACUGGGUAAUUUGUUUGCUGGACAUAGUAGCAGCAACAAUUUCAGAAUCUCACUAACUGUAGUAAAAGGCAAACUGCAUUUUGACUGAAGGCUCAUAAUGGCACAAUAUGCACCACAUAUUGAAAUGUUCGCACCAGGAUAAAGAGGUAAGAACAAUUCAUCUUUAUCUAUAGUAUACUCAUAACUUGCCUCUUCAAGACUGUUAUCAACUCAGCAAUCUUCAACAUCAUUGUCAUUUGAUUCGUCAGAGAUGUUUCCAUCCAAAUUUUCAGCUUGUUCGUCAUUAUAAUCAUAUUCCCUAUCAGUUAGAAUGUCACCGCUACAACCUUGUCCAUGAAACAUUUCUUUGUCUGAGGAACAAUCACCAAUAGCAGACAUUGACAUGUCACUGGGGCUGUCACUAUCUUCAUCACUUUCACCCCUCAUUGCUUCAGAAUGAUUGAAAUUGGUAGUUUCUACAGCAAGUCUAUUAUUGGGACAUAUAUAGUCAGUGAGUCAAUCACUAAUAAUGUUCACCUUGCUCUAAAAAAUCUCCACCGUGUAGUUCGAGAAACUUCUUUACUGCUAUCAUAGAGGUGAGCUCUGUAGGGCCCCUUGAUGUACUAGUUGAGGUAGUAGCAUUUUCUGUAGCUUGAUCUGAGGCAGCCAUUUUUGUCCUAUUUAUUAACUAGAUCUAUUAUUAUUAAGAUGGAAUGAGCAUGCUCAGUAGAUACCACAUGCAGACUUUUGCUGCAAGAUCGAAAAAGACACCUAGCUCCCGAUUUCUUACUGAAAUGGAUUAUAACAAUGGCUAUUCCUCAGAUGAAACAAUUGGAGAUACAGAUAAUUCACCACAGUACGUUCCUCCAACACCUCCAAAAAAUGAAAGGAGAAAAAGAAAACUACCAUGGCACCUAUCAGAGAGCCAGGUUGAACCACCAAAGAAAGCUACUGCAUAGGAUAAAAUACAAGUCAGAUGUAACCAGACAGGAACUUUGUAACAAAGCUGCAACAUCUUUGGAGAACGGAGAAGACUUAGAUGAGCAGACCCUUACUCAUGGCCAGGCAGUCAUAUAUUGUCCUAAGGACGGCAAGACACAUGAUGUUACAAUAUGGGAGAAAACACCUGCACCUGUAAAAAAGUCAAAGCCUAAUGUAAAGACUACAAAGAAAGGUGAUGCAAUGACAAGGACAAACAGUGCAGCUCUUGCCAAAAGGACUAGUGGAGUGAUGGAUAUUGACACUCAGGCAUUAGUAGAUGAUGCAUCUUCUAUUCUGGAGGAUGUGGAUAAAAGAAAUAGAUCAACACCAUUAAAUAAUAGUUUAAUGAUCGUACCUUCGCUGGAGAGUAAUAUAAGGAUUGAAAAUGUUUAUGAAUUAUUAAUAAAAAUGGAUAGAAAACUUAAUGAUCUACAUGAUACUCUCGCUAAAAUUGUUGAUUCAAAGGACAUUAAUGAAGUCAACAAAGACAAUCCUAAAUAUUGUAAGAAUGGAAUAUAUUUGUUAAAGAUUGAAGCAAAGGAUUCAAAUGCCUAUGGACGUAACCUGCUAGAUGUUCUUAUUACGAAAUCUGAACAAAAGAAUGGUAUUUUGUUACAGUCAAAGAAGAGUACUAAGCCUGCUCUUGAUCCUGAAAGGGUUCAGUUAUUGUUUGAUUGUAUUCGGAUAAGAUAUCCUGAUUAUGAGCACACUAGGUUGGUGUCAUCCUUGCAUCAGAAAUGUAGGGAUGUGAAAACUGAAUGACGAUUAUUUAUGCCGUGUAUUACUAUAACCUUUUCUGAUAUUUAUUCUGUUGACUUAUUAAUCAAAAAUAGUUUAAUUUAAUUCUCGAAAGAAUAUGUAAUAUCUUGUUUCAAAAUCUUGAAAUAUGACAGAUAAGAUUAUGUAAUAUCUUAUUGUAAUCUUGAUAGCAAGAUUAUGCUAUAUCUUACACAUUCUUGGUUACAAGAUAUGGAAAGUUCGAACACAAUCUUCCUUUAUAUCUUGGCAAGAUUAUUCAAGUUAUCAUGCAAGAUCUUGGUGGGAUUUUUCACAAGGGUUUGCAGGGGUAUCUAUAUAUACCCCGUGAAUAUGUCAAGAGUUCAGUCUAUGGAGCAUCACAGUGCAAGCAGACACUACAAAUCAUUCUAAUACAUAUUUUAUUCCUCCCCACCCGCCUCGUAAUUUGAUUCCUUAACAAAAAUUGUUUUUUUUGUUGAUUUCUAGGUAAAUAACUGGCACGGCACCUCAAAAAGACUCUAUUCAAUCAUUGUGACCCUGCCCAUUUGAUAUAGAGUUGUGAUUUUAAGUUAUUAGGACAUUAAUGAUUAUUAUUAUUAUUAUUGCUGAUUAUUAUUAUUAUUAUUAUUAUGAUUACAAGUAUUAUUAUUCAUUGUGUGUAUCUGUAUUAGUUCUGUGUGUAGCAGGGGUUGAGGUCAUAGGUUUUUCCACCACAGGAAUACCAAGUGGUGGUUUUUCCCCUGAGUGACAGUGGGACCCAGUGUCCCUAAAUAAUUCUAAACUGACAGGUCCCCAACCCACUGGCUGCCGCACUUGUGUGUAUUCCUUUUGUGAUUGUUUUUUUGUUAAAUUCUGAGUUAGUUAUGGUCUAUGAUUGUAUAUGUUGUUGGUCUACUGAUGUUACCCUGUUGUAUUGUGUUUUAUUCAAUGAUUGGCUUGCAAUAGCUGCCCACUUCAA